AUGGAGAACAAAAGAGUAGUGAUGUUGGUUACAAUGAUGAUAGUGAUGGCAAUGGGCAACCUUGUAAUUCAGACAGAAGCUCAAGCUUCUCAAUUUAGAGACUGUUACCCAAUUUGUCUUGUGAAUUGUGCCGCUGAGAAGAAGUUUCCAACUGCUCUUACGUGUCCAUUCACUUGUAUCAUGACAUGUCUUGCUCCUCCAGCGACAACUCCUUCUCCUCCUUCUCCAAUGACUUUGGCAAACGAAAUCGACCAUAUCGAUUAUUUCUGCAAACUUGGUUGUGCUACUCAUCAUUGUGUUUCUCUUUCUUCUUUCCGAAAUCGGAAUGUAGACAAAGUUGCCGACUGUGUGGAUUCAUGCUCGGACAAGUGCUCCAACAAAAACUAG